GUCGGGGUGUAUAUAAGCGGGGCCCAGCGGCGCUGCUGCUGCUCUUGCAGCUACCAAUUCCUCCCGCCUGCGCAGAGAUCCUGGUGGACACCCGCAGAGCAGCUGCGUCCCCAGCCCGCCAUCCCCCUGCCGCAGCGCGUCCAGCUUUUCGGCGCCCGCCCGGCUCACCAUGCACUCCGCCGCGGUCCUGGCGCUUUUGCUGUGCGCCGGGCAAGUCUCUGCCCUCCCUGUGAACAGCCCCAUGACAAAAGGGGACACCAAGGUGAUGAAGUGUGUGGUGGAGGUCAUUUCUGACUCAUUGUCCAAGCCCAGCCCCAUGCCCGUCAGCCUGGAGUGUCUGGAGACCCUCCAAGGAGAUGAGCGGAUCCUUUCCAUCCUGCGACACCAGAAUUUGCUGAAGGAGCUUCAGGACCUUGCUCUCCAAGGUGCCAAGGAGCGGGCCCAGCAGCAGCCAAAGCAGCAGCAGCCGAAGCAGCAACAACAUAGCAGCUUUGAGGAAGAGCUCUCAGAGGUGCUUCUGAACCAGAGCCCAGAGGCCAAGCCAGGAGAGGCAGCAGCAGAGGCACCCUCCAAGGAUGCUGUGGAGAAGAGAGAGGACUCUGAAGAGUCACAGCAGGAAGACUCUAAGGAAACCACUGAGGGACCCCAGGCCUUUCCAGAGCCUGGACAGGGGUCCUCCAUGAUGGGAGAUAGCCAUGCCCCUGGGGAGGACGAAGCCACUGACACUCAGCCACCAGCCAUCUUCCCCAAUCAGGAGCACCAGGACCCACAGGCCACGGGGGACAGUGAGGAGGAUCUGAAUACCCAGCAGCAGGCCAGGAAAGCUGAGCAGGAGAAAGAAAAGGAAGAGGAAGAUGAGGAGACUGGGGCAAAGGCAGGGCCUGAAGAAGUCCCCACUGUGGCAUCCAGCUCUCGCCCCCACCUCGGCAACAAGGAGAUUGAGAAAGAUGAACGUCGGUCAGAGUCUCGGGCUAUGGAUGGAGUUGGAAAGACUUCGGCUGCCAAAGCUCGGCCCCCUCAGGAGAAAGGAGAGCAGGAACACUCUUGGCAGAAGGAAGAGGAGGCAAUGGCAGGGGUCCCCCGGGGUCUCUUCACAAAAGGGAAGGGCCAGGAGCUGGAGCAGCAGCAGCAGGAGGAGCGACUGUCCAAGGAUUGGGAGGACAUCAAGAGAUGGAGCAGGAUGGACCAGCUUGCCAAGGAGCUGACGGCAGAGAAGCGGCUGAAAGGGGAGGAUGACCCUGACCAUUCCAUGAAGCUCUCCUUCCGGGCCCAGGCCUACGGCUUCAGGGACCCAGGGCCGCAGCUGCGUCGGGGCUGGAGACCAUCCUCUCGGGAGGACAGCGUGGAGGCCGACCUGCCCAUGCAGGUUCGUGGUGACCCCGAGGAGAAGAAGGAGGAGGAGGGCAGCGCCAACCGCAGAGCAGAGGACCAGGAGCUGGAGAGCCUGUCAGCCAUCGAGGCAGAGCUGGAGAACGUGGCUCACCAGCUGCAGGCAUUGCGGCGGGGCUGAGGCACUGGCUGGUGGGGCCCGGUCAGGGCUUCCAGGCAGGCCCCCUGUGGUCCUGGCCCCAUGGCCUGAAUGCUGCUCCAAUAGAGUCAGCCUCCAACCACGGGAGCCCAGGUUGCCCUAAUGCCCCUCACUCCCUCUUCUCUCAGCCUCUGCCCUGGACACUUCUGAAGGGGGAGCCCUGACUGUCAGUCAACACAGAUUCCUUCUCUGAACACAGGCAGCUUUCUAGAAGUUUCCCUUCUACCCUCUCAUCUAUGGGGCACAACUGCGAUAGCUUCUGGCCUUUGGGUAAAAGCUGAGAACUCCUGACUGUAAUAUAUUCCAGAUGAAAUUUAAGGAAGAAUAAACCUGCUCUGGGCUCUUUCCA